AUGUCAGACGAAAUUCCUUUCCAUAUCCAAGAGAAGAUCAUCAAAAGCUUUCCUGUCAGGUCAUUGCUUCAGUUCAGAACCGUCUCGAAAGCAUGGAAGUCAUUGAUCGACAGCUCUGAUUUUAUUGCUGCUCACAGCGUUACUCAGCCUCAGCAUCUGCUUUUAAGGUACGAAGAUCCUGUAGAAACUGUGGAAAAAUAUGUUUCUUUUCUCGAUGAUGACACUUUUCCUCAUCAGAGGUUUGUUCAUACCCUUCCUGAGUCCUUUAAACUACUUAAACAGUCAACCAUAGUCGGUAGCUCUCUAGGGUUGUUGUGCUUGCAUGGUUAUUAUGGAGAUGGAAAGGGUUUUUUACCCAACUUUGAAAUGGAGAUGGUUGUUCUUUGGAAUCCUUCGAUUAGAAAGUCAAUUACUGUUCCUAUGCCUAACACGUUAUAUUUGGACCCUAAAAAUGAUAUUGGUUUUGGUGUUUCCCCUGUGACUAGUGACCCUACAAUCGUUGAGAUCACACAAUUUCACAAAACUAGCUACCAUUGUGAAGCUAAAGUUUACACUGUGAGCUCAGGCAAAUGGAGAAAUCUAUCUAACAAUCUUCCUAGUAAACCAUUUCGCAUCUUCUCGCCUCAGGUGGUUGUUGAUAAGUUUAUUUAUUGGUGUGCUUUUGACCCGAUAACUAGAGAUAACAUGUUAACGUAUCAUAAUCUGAUAAUGUCAUUUGAUAUGACUAAUGACAACUUUGGAGUGAUAGACCUCCCAGAUAGCUUAAGGUGCCUCUCUCCUACUCAGUUGUGUAUUUCUAAGCUAAGGGAGUCUCUUGUCAUGCUCGAUUAUCAUAGGUUUUUAAAACGUUUUUGUGAUGUAUGGAUGAUGGAGAAUGGUGUUAAAAAAUCAUUUACAAAGAAAUUCACGGUUGAGGCACCAUAUUGGUCAAGGAAAAUAACACCACUAGGAUUUAGGAAGAGUGGUCAACCUAUAAUGGAAUUGGAAAAUGAUCAUGAAUUUUUUCAACAGAGUGAACUUGUGGUCUAUGAGCCCUACCCUAAGCGCUUCGAUUAUCUUGAGAUCUAUGGAACAACUGAAACAUUCUCUGUGCAUUCCUACAUGGAAACACUAGUUUUGAUAGAGUGA